CCGGAAGUGUGCCGGCAGCACUGCCGGGGCAAGGGGGUUUCUGUCUAGGCAACCUGCUACGGGGCCCGGUUAUGUGAGCGCUCUGCCCUUCUCCUCACAAUAGAACGUCCUGAACUGGAAGGGACCCACAAAGACCAUCGAGUCCCCUGCUGGUGGUUGCAUGGAUGCGUUGCUGAUGCGUUGCAGAGGCGUUAGCUGUGUUAUUUCCUUUAGGGAGGAGAUUCCAAAUGUCCUGCCAUGGAUGAUGACAGCCAGGAUGAACUGAUCAACAAGAAUGCUGCUUUAAGCAAGGGCAGAAGACCAAGUUUCGUGCUCCUCAGUGAAACAGAAAGCAGUAGUUCAGAAGAUGAUACCGGAAGUGAAGACGAAGAUGAUGACACCGAGGAAGAGGGAGGUGAGGACGACAAUGGAGAAAGUGAAGAUGAAGACCUAGAUUUUGAAGAUGAUGAUGAAGAAGAGGAGGAAGAAACUGAGGCCACUGUGAAGGGAUUGGCUGAUUCUCAGAAAUUAGAGACACAUGUAAGGAGAGUGGGCGUUUCUUCUGAUGAGGAUGGUGAAACCUGCCCCAUUUGCCUCAACACGUUUACGGAUCAGCCUGUUGGAACUCCUGAGAACUGUUCCCAUUUCUUCUGCUUGGACUGCAUUGUGGAGUGGUCUAAGAAUGCAAAUUCCUGUCCAGUGGAUCGAAUCUGUUUUAACUACAUUAUCAUUCGGGCACAUUUUGGUGGUAAAAUCUUAGAAAAGAUUCCUGCUGAGAACACGAAUACUCAGAGUUAUGAUGAUGAUGAUGAUGAGGAUGAUCCAACCUUCUGUGAGGUGUGUGGCAGAAGUGACCGUGAGGAUCGCCUGCUGCUGUGUGAUGGCUGUGAUGCAGGGUAUCACAUGGAAUGCCUUAAUCCACCUCUGAGUGAAGUCCCUGUAGAUGAAUGGUUCUGUCCAGUCUGUGUCCCCAUGGAAAUCGGUGUGGCUGCAGAUACAGGUCAUGUCAGUGAAGAGGAGGUUGCUGCCCUUGUGGAGGAUGAUGAUGUUCCUACCACCAGUAGGCCACGCCCUCAAGUCCGAACCCGAGCUAUAGCCAGAACUCGGCAGAGCGAACGAGUUAGGGAAACAGUGAACAGAAACCGGAUAACAACAGCACAGCAAAUUCAGCACAUGCCAGGGCACCUCAUGCCCUCUCCUCUGGAUGAAACAAUUGAGGAAGUUGUAGCAGGCGUAAGCACAGCCGUCUACCAGCGUCCUGUUACACCACGAGCUCCUGCGAGGCAUAGAAGAAAAACAGGUAGGAGACGGAAAGUAGGAGGCAAAAAAAGAACUCAGUCAAGGUCUUCUGCUGGGAAGAAGAGUUCAGGGAUACAGCUGAAGAGACGCAAGCAUCUGAUAAGGAAGAGACGGGGAAAAAAGAUGAGAGUAAGACCACAUAUGAAAAAUGGGGCUACUACUCGCUCCCGUAUUGCAAAAACUCUUGGUCUUAGUAAACCUGUGCAUGGGGCCUCACUGCCUUCUGUGUACAAACCAACGGAGCCCUCUCUUGGUCUGAUGAGAGCAGAUAUUGGUGCACCUUCUCUGUCUGUGUUUGGAGAUCCAUAUGCAUUUGAUCCUUACGAAAGUAACGAAGAGGUUUCAACAAAUCCAGAUUCACCAGUGAGUGCCAAAAGAAGAGUUCUCUCCCAGUCAGCACUGAGGUCUCACCGUCCUGUAGCUAGACCCAUUUCUGUGGGAUUGCCCAGAAGCAGUGUACCUGCCUUGAGUCCUGAUCAAGAAGCAGAAGGUGCUCCUGUGCCUGAUCUGUUGGGAAGUAUCCUGUCUGGACAGAGCUUUCUCAUGAUGAGUAGUUCAGAUGUGGUCAUCAACAGAGAUGGUUCGCUGAUGGCAAAGGCAGCAGCUCCACCUUACAGAAAAUCAGCAUGUGACUCAAGAGUGGAUGAUGGUUCAGAACAUAACACCCAGCUGAGUACAGUGCACUCAGGGACCACAGCAAGCAGCUCCAUUGCUGGACCUUCAGUUUCCCCAGGGCUGAGUACUAGACCCUCCUCCUCAAGCAUGUUUUCAUCACCUUCACCCUCACUGAGCAGGAUUGAGCCUGCAGCAAACCCUGCACAGAGUACAUCAGAAGAGGCAUCUGUAAAAUCAGAAUAUUCAAUGACACCUAGAUCUGUUCAGACUCAGAAUAUAGCUGCUCUGAGCAGGCACAGCUCAAAUUUAGAUGAAAUGCCUAGAUUUAAUGGAAACUCUAAAAACUUUGCACCGACUGACUCGCCUUCAAAGCCCCUGAGCUGUAACUUGAAUUCUGGCUCAAAAGCUGUAACUGUGUGGCAGCCAUUACAACCACCUCCCAAGAGAAUUGACAUCUUUGAGCUUCCCAGGAUACCAAAGAUUAAAAAGGAAGCCAGCAGCAAGUGGGUGGAGCCAGAACCUGCAGGAAGCCAAAACUGUGAUAUCCCCAGCUCCUGUAUAACCCAGCUGACAGGCAAAGAGACCACUCCUCAGCUGGGAAGGGGUAGCAAGGUAGAAAGUCAGAAGUCAAAUGCCAAGGAAUCUCAGCAAUCUUCUGCCAGUACAAGUGUGUAUAGCAGUUCAUCGCUGCUGGGCACUUCGAGGAGCAAAGGCCCAAGCUCUUUUGAGAGUUUUAAAAUCAAUAUACCUGGAAAUGCGGGGCAUUCCAGCAGACUGUCUAACCCAGGAUUUUGUAACACCUUCCGCCCUGUGGAUGACAAAGCACAACAGAAAGAGAGUCCUUCACCUCUUCUCUUAGUUAAGAAAAAGCAAGUCAAAAGUGAAAUGUAUGAUCCCUUUGAGCCAACAGGAUCAGACUCGAGUUCAGCAAGCAGCAGUCCUGAAAGGCUUGGCUCAGGAAUCCAGUUAACUAAUAUUACCAGGACUAUUUCCAUUGAAAAUCCAAAAGUUCAGACGUUUCAAACUGUCCGUCGUUUCACCCCUUACAUGGUAGGAAAUGUAUUUGGAUCUGGAGCUGACUCUGAUGUACCAUCUAGUAACACAGAGUCUCAUGAUGACACAACAGUAGAAAGCAGGAUUGUUGAACAGAUCUCUGAUACAGAGGAACGAGACAAUAUGGAUGAGGAAGACUUUCUAAGCAGUCCUUGCACUUCAUCUGCUGUUAAGCAAGUUUCUAAUGCAGAGUGCUUAAAGGAGAAAAGCAGAGAGAGCCCUGACGUGUUCUUUAAUGCUGAAGAGUUGAUUAGACCUAAUAUUAAUGUGAAACUAGAACCAGAUGGUCCCUCAAAGAAUUAUGGGCAGCAGAACAUCCAAAAGGUAGAAGAAACAGAGAGGCAGUCAUGUUCCAGAUCCUCUUCAAACUCCAGCUCCCAAAGCAAGAAGAUGAAAAGGAAGAAGGCAUUUGUCAAACGGCACAAGAGAUCCCAAUCAGGGUCUAGGGAUAGAGGACGCUCAAGGGACCGAAGCUCCAGAUCUACAUCUUGGUCAGGUGGAGAAGAGCAUAGCAAAACACACACAUUGAAACCCAAACGCAGGAGGUCUUCUACUGACCGUUCUAGCAGUAAUGAACGAUCUAAAAAAAAGAAAAUGAAGGAUAAAACCAAGGAUAAAAAGGCAAAAACUUCUUGGCGUAGGGAGAGAAGGAAAUCUAGGUCACGUUCAGGUAGUCCUGGAAGUACUUCCGAGUCUUAUGAAAACAGGAAAAGGAAGAAACAGUCUCCAUUGAGAUCAAGAUGGAGGGAACGUUCCCGAUCAAGUAGCAUUGAGAGAACUAAAAGGCAGAAACACAGGAGAGACAAAAGCUAUGAGAAGUAUGAUAAAGAUAGUAGCAUACGGUCAAGGGAGAGAAAAAGAUCAAGAUCCAGGUCUCGGGGGAGGAGAAGGUGGAGGUCUCGGUCUCGGUCUGCAUCUGGGUCCCAGGAACGCAAAAGCAGCAAAUCAAAGGAAAAAAGACCACGAUCGAGAUCACAUUCCAAAGAAAGAAAAUACAGAUCAAGAGAGACCUCACUUCCUCCUCCAUCAGAAAAGAAUCAAAAACCUUCAGCUGAACAUGUGUCUGGGUGUCUGGAGCAACCCCAUUCCUUUAACCAAGAGCCAAAGGAGGAGCUAGUACUGGAAGAGCAUUCCAUAGUCAUCCAACCAAAUGUCAAACUUGAGGAAAUACAGGCUGAGACCCCAGCUCAAAUGGGAGAGGCCCAAGAAACAAUAAAAGUAGAGCCCAUCUGUCAGGAAGUGACCAGUGAAACUGCAUUCCCUGUGCCAGAGAUCACAAACACUUGUGUUCCAGUUGGCAAUGUGGAUUCUUUUGCUGAAACGGAAUUAAUGAAUAAUAGUGAUCCAGCAGCACUUGGUAGCUGUAGCAAUACAAACCUUGAGAUUACAGUUAAAAUAGAAAAUUCUGCAUUAUGUCCAUCUCUGAUGGAACAACCUUCAAAGGAAGAAGUUAUCAUGUACGCUCCGACUGAGGCUGCACCAAUUCAGUGCUCGUCCAAAAGCGAAAUAACAGAUUGUGUGAAGGAAGUUAAACAAGAGUGCCUUGUGCCAAAUGAGGAAACGAGUAAUUUCAGUAAGCCUGAACUGGAGGUGGUACCUCAGGGUCCUGCAUUGAAAUCAAAAGCACCAGUGAAAAGAGUUACCUGGAAUCUUCAAGAGGAAGAAAGCGGCAUGUUGUCUUCUGCAAAAGUUCCAAGGAUGCCAUUUUACAAACCUCAGCAAGCAAAAGACGGGGACUGGAAAGCAGAGGACUCGAACCAAACAUUAAAUCAGGUGCAGUUAAAUGAGCCUCCUCCAACCAAUUAUAUGAUUCCUGAGCCUAUGUUUCCUGAUCUAGAUUCCUCUCAGGUGUACUGUCCAAAUGUAUCUAUGAGGUCAAUUCUGCCCUCAAGACUUACCACCUUGACGCCUCUCAGCCUUUCCACGAUUCAGUUUAUCAUGCAGAGUAGACUUCCAGCACUUAGCUGCAUGGCAGGACAGAGCCUGACUCCAGAGCCGGGUACCCUGGCCACUGCAUCUGAACCAGGAAUCCAAACUGCUUCUGUUGGCAACACAGAAGAAAAGAUCAAAGCACCCAAACCUCCAGCGGAUAAAAUGAAAAAUGAAGAAUACAUGAAGAAGCUUCACAUGCAGGAAAGGGCUGUGGAAGAAGUGAAACUUGCUAUUAAGCCUUUUUACCAGAAGAGGGAGAUUACAAAGGAAGAGUACAAGAACAUUGUUCGAAAAGCAGUGCAAAAGAUUUGCCAUAGCAAAAGUGGAGAGAUCAACCCUAUGAAGGUAGCUAAUCUGGUGAAGGCAUACGUGGAAAAAUACAAACAUAUGAGGAAACAUAAGAAAUCUGAUGGUGACGAUACACGUGAAGUAGAAAACUGAAAGCAAGCCACAACCUGCAUGACUUGGACUGGACUUAUUUUGGCUAUGAACACUAUGUCAGAGGGAAUAAUAGAUCUGCAGUUGCAUCUCAUCGAAAAUGAAGUGCAGAGAAGCAAGAGUAUAAUGGGACGUAUUUCGGAACCUUCUUUUGAAUUUUUACCAUAUGGGAAUGAACUUGAGCUUUUUUGGAUUACCUACAGAUGUAGAACUAAAUAACAAUCAAAUGCCUCAGACCAGCAGAGUAAUUUGAGGGGAAAUGUUGUAGAGAUUACUAUUUGGGACUCCCAGGUUGCUACAGUUUUCAGGGUUACUUUGAUCACAUUUUUGGGCUGUGCACCUGUGUUGUUGAAAGUUUGAAACUGGACACCACUUUUCAUAUGCAGUCUGUUGAGAGCUGUAUAUUGUUUCCUUUGUGUUUAUUUAUCGAAAUAUAGAUUGUCUUUAGAAACUUCUGAUUUAAUACUUGAAACAUUGUAUUUUUAGCCCAUUUGAUGGUGAGCGAAGCUUUACUCACUCUGUCAUUUGGGGAUUGCAGAAAUGAGCUAACCUUUAUAAAUUGACUUCAGAAACACUGCUCAAGCUGUGGUGUUUAUUUGCAUUCUGUUGGAAGUAUCUUGUUAGUGAAAAGUUUAAUUUUGGGGUGGGAGACUCUGUUGCACUUCUGUAAAUAAUGCACUGAUGGCUGGUUUUGUCUGCCUUUCAGGCAAAAAAAAAACACCCAAAAAGCAAGCAUUGUGAAUUCCCAGUAACAAGCUGGGGAUAUACGGUUGAACUGAUGUACAAAGCAGAAAUGUGACAGAAUUUAUAAAGUUAUUUUGAAUGGUUUUAAUCCUAAAA